AAAGACAUUUCUAUAAAUAUUUAAUUGUACAAUAUAUCAAUAAUUGCCCCACAUAUACAUAUCAUAUCACCCCCAUAUAUAUAUUACCAUUUCCAACCUCCGGACACUCAACGUGACAGCAUUCAUUCGCAGAUCUUCGACAGUUAUGGCGAGAAGCCUCCUCAGCCUUAAAGAAGUGGAAAUGGUGAGGCCUUCCCAGCCAACCCCGUCCUGCCUCCUCUCCCUCUCCGCCCUCGAUUCCCAGCUCUUCCUCCGCUUUACAAUCGAAUAUCUCCUCGUCUACCGCCCCUCCCCCGCCGUCAACAAAGCCGCCGUCGCCGCCCGCAUCAAGGCCGCCCUCGCUCGAGCCCUCGUCCCCUACUACCCCCUCGCCGGCAGGGUCGUCGCCGUCCCACCCAACGGCGGCGAUGGUGGCUGCUCCAACCUCAAGGUAGUGUGCGAAGCCCAGGGCGCGCUUUUCGUUCAAGCCGUCUCCGACCGGUGUGCCGUCUCUGACUUCGAGCGGGCCCCGAGCCACGUCACGGAGUGGAGGAAGCUCCUUGCCGUCCACGUGGUGGACGUCCUCGCGGGGGCUCCACCUCUUGUUGUCCAGCUGACGUGGCUCGCAGAUGGCGGGGCUGCAUUGGGCGUCGGGAUUAACCACUGUCUAUGCGACGGAAUCGGGAGCGCCGAGUUCCUGAACGCGUUCGCUGAUUUGGCCGCCGGGUUGAACGACGGACUAGCGGGUUUCAAGCCCAACCCGGUCUGGGACCGCCAUCUUCUAGACCCGACGGAGCCGACCCCGACGAGGAAUCAAAUCAUGGCUGCCCACCCGGAGUUCGACCCCGUCCAAGACCUCUGCGGGUUCGUCUCCCGCUUCAACCACGAACAGCUCUCCCCGACAUCCAUAUGCUUCAGCAAAAGAUGCCUCGACGAGCUCCAGAGCCGGGCAGCCUCCACGGGCCAACCCGACCGGUCAAUCUCGUACACGUCGUUCGAGGUUCUCACGGCCCACGUGUGGAGAAGCUGGGCCCGGGCACUGGAGCUGCCGCCGAACCAGACGCUGAAGCUUCUCUUCACCAUCAACAUUCGGAGCCGGGUCAAGCCGAACCUCCCGGGCGGGUACUACGGGAACGGGUUCGUGCUGGGGUGCGCGGAGACGAGCGCGAAGUGCUUGGCGGAGAAGGGGCUGGAGUAUGCAGCGGAGCUGGUGAAGGGGGCGAAGGAGACGGUGGACGAGGAGCACGUGAGGGGGGUGGUGGAAGCCGUGAGCGGAUCGACUUGGGCGAGACCCGAUUCGGUGGGGCCGGGGGUGCUGAUAGUGUCGCAGUGGUCAAGGCUGGGUCUGGAGAAGGUAGACUUGGGAAUGGGGAUGGGGAGGCCGGUCCACGUGGGGCCCGUGUGCAGCGACAGGUACUGCCUGCUGCUGCCGGUGGACAAUCGGAGGGAGGCGGUGAAGGUGACGGUGGCUCUCCCGGCCUCCGCCGUAGACCAGUACGAGCGAUUGGUUAGGAGUCCCUACUCGUGACGUUCACGUGGACAGUGGGACCAUCGCUGUUUGAGCUUAAAUUGUAUGAGAGAUUAAUCUUCAAUAUAUACGGGUGUAGAUAGGUUUCAGCAUUUGCUUGAUUUUAAUUGGUGGACAGAACUUGGGAUUCCUAAAUUGAUCAGGUGCGGGUAGGUGUACGGUACUGAUUAAGCAAUUCAUCAUGGCCUAGCUUCCAAGUUUCAGUGAUCAGAUUCCGAAUCCAAAAAUUUGUAAAAAUGUAUUCCUUGUUUGCCACAAAGAGAAUUAAAAUUUUUUAUUGGAAUGUUCAAUAUAAAAA